UUUGAAAGGAUCUGUGAGGUUGUGAAGACAGUUCAAAAUAAGGACAAUUUUAGAGGAAGUAAACCACAAAAGACAUUUGUCUUUGGUUUUCUGACGUCUGAUUUAGAAAGAUGUCAGAUGAUCUGGUUAAACAGCUGGCCAGCUACAAGGCCCAGCUGCAGCAGGUGGAAGCCGCUCUGUCGACCGAUCCUGAGAAUGAGGACCUGCUCAAACUGCAGAAAGACUUGCAGGAAGUCAUUGAGUUGACUAAAGACCUCCUGUCGAGUCAGCCCUCUGCGGCCACUCCCAGUUCCGACAGCAUGUCUGCCACCCCCCUGAGCCACUCCUGGAAGGUGGGGGAUACCUGCAUGGCCGUGUGGAAUGAGGACGGACAAUUGUACAAGGCCGAGAUCGAGGAGAUAGACGAGGAGAACGGCACGGCUGCUGUCACGUUCUUGGGCUACGGCAACGCAGACGUGAUCCCGCUCCAGAACCUGAAGGUUGCGGAGCAGGGCACCCAUUCCGAGGAUGAAAGGGGCAAGUCCAAAUCCAGGAAGGAACAGAUCGCUGAGCAGAGGGAGUACAAGAAGAAGAAGGCCUUUAAGAAGGCCCAGAGGAUGAAGGAGCUGGAGCAGGAGAGAGAAGUCCAGAAGUCUAAGUGGCAGCAGUUUAAUAACAAGGCCUACUCAAAGAACAAGAAAGGACAGGUAAAACGGAGUAUAUUUGCAUCACCGGAGAGCGUGAAUGGGAAAGUAGGGGUCGGCACAUGUGGAAUAGCUGAUAAACCAAUGACCCAGUACCAGGACACAUCCAAAUACAACGUUCGGCACCUCAUGCCGCAGUAACAAAGGACAGAGAGGCGUUAACCGUGUGCUGUGUUAGGGGGAGCAGAACCAGCCAGGCUUGUGGGUUGACUUGCCUGAGUUUCUCUGGAAAUGUCAAAAAAAGUCUUCAAUCCCAGUAGCAGAUUAGCAGUUUUAAAGGAAGCUUCCAUUCUUAUCCCAGUUCAGUCACGGUUAAAGCAACGCCUACACAUAU